UUCCGGAGGAAGGAGGCGGAGCUAACGCCUCAUUUCUGGACCGCGCCGCCAUUCAGACUCUUCAAUGAAAACCGCUAGACGGAGAUGACCUGGCCGUCAUGAAGGGCGCUUCGGUCACAGCGUGCAACAUGACCCUUGCAGCAUGACCUCCGGCGGCCAAAAAUGUUCAUGGUCUCUGGGUACCAUGAAAGAGGUAGCGGCGGGGUCCGGUCCGGUUUUUUGGCCGGUCGGGCGGGGCAGGUGGCGGCACUCACGACUGCCAGAGGAGAGUGGCCUUGGGGCGUGCCGUGCCGAUGCCCGCGCGAGUAGCGUAAAGAAGCGCCACCGGCGGAUAGGGUAUUGUGCGAGCCACGAGCGCGAUGACCUCGCCGCCACAGGAUGCGUGAUAAAGUCUGCCUGCUGCCGGAGGGACUCAUUGUUUGCGCCGCCGCGACGCAGGCACCUUCCCAAUCCCAUCCUCCUGCAAGGAGCAGCGAAACGAGCCAGUCUUCCUAAAACCCAGCGCCGAGUUAGAGGCAUUCUCUACAUACAAACCCACUUGUCAUCAGCGACCUCACACGUCCCGGCAUCCGCUCGUCGCUCCCGUCAAACCAGCGCCGCGCUGUCGGACAGUUUGACCCGCGCUGACACCGGCACGUGCCGCCCCGUCCGGCCCGUCCCGUCCUGACCAAGGCCACCGCCUGUCGCCGGUAUAGCCGCAUAUUAGCGCAUCACAUUGUGCGCCGCGUAAUUGUCUCGCGUGUAGCGUGCCGUCCGUGCCUGGGACGUGUCGGGUCAGUCGCUGCGCCAGCGCCGUCCCCUUCAGACUGUCAGGAUGCUGGCGACCAUGCUGGUGGCGACCGCCCUGCUCUCCCUCUCCGUGGGCCACUGGCUCGGCGGCGGAGAGGCCUCCUGGGGCGGCAACGGCAGAGACUGGGGCUCCGGACGGACCGGCGGCGGCUACUGUCGCGAUCGCCAGGGCUACCUCUACCGCUGCGGAGACACCAGCUGGGGUACCGGCAGCCGAUGGAAUGACUACUACGGCACCGGUGGCUACUACGAGCGGGCCCGCUACGUGGGCCGCGGCCGGGUGCGCUACCGGGGACGAUACGAAGGGGCCGAGCUCAUCUGCGACUUCCGACGAGACGGGCGACUCGGCUACGACGAGAGGAUUGAGAACGUAGUCUGGAAGAAGGUGCGGAACAACUACUACGGCAGCGGCGGCGGCUACUACGGCAACAACGACGGUUACUACGGCAGCAGCUCCAGCGGCAGCGGCAGCGGGGGGUACUACAGCGGCUGCAGCGGCUCCCGGGGCUGCGGCGGCGGCAGCUACCGGGACGUGGACCGCCACUACCCGGGCGGGUACUACCCGAGCGGCGUGGUGGCCGGCUGGGUGACCACCUCCGGGGACGUCAGCACGCUGACCCUCUCCGACCCGCGGCCCUACGACGCCGGCAGGUACCGCUGCUACGCCCAGGUGCGCGGAUGGUCCAGCUACGGCCGAGGCGAUAUGGUCUACAUGGAGGUGGAUUAUCGCGGUAGCGACAACUGGGGCAGCGGCAGCUGGGGUAGCAGUGGCAGCUGGGGUGGUGGCAGCGGCUGGGGUAGCGGAUGGGGUAGCGGCAGCGGUUGGGGCAGCGGCUGGGGAGGCUGGGGGUACCGGCGCAGCGCUCUCUCCAAGACCGAGCCGGAUCGCGUGGUUGACGGAGAUGAAGCGGCGGAGAUCAAGACCGAGUCGUCAGACAAGAAGGAGGCCUAGGGGCGGAGGAUGCGGCCCUCAGCGAGUGUUCACUGCUCUCCAGCAGGCUUGGAGAGCAGAACGACCACUGAAUUGUGCGGACAGACCAAUCAGCCUCGCUGUAAACGGAGGAGGGGAGCUUUGUACUUUUAUAUAGCGGCAUUAAAGAGUGCCUUUGCUGCUGCCUUAAAGUGGCGGAGAGGUAUCGAUUGGUGGGUCAGUCGCCGGUGCUCGAUGGUCAAUUAAUGCUGUAAAUAUCUGCCGUUGGUUUUGUGUUCCGAAAAAGUCGCAGAUGACUUUGUGAGAACAUACGAGAUGCCUGAGGUAGAGGAAUAAAUGCAGUAGAUGAAUAAAAAAUAGCUAAAACGACGUCUUAUGUAUUAUCACAAAAAAUGUCCAAAUACCACAAAACAGCAUGCAGAAAGUGACGAAACGACAAAUCGGGUCAUGUGAUGAAUUAGAAGCGAUAAAAAGCACCGAAAUUUCCAUGCGUGCAGUUUAUGGAAUCGUCAUCGAUUUCCUUUCGGGCACGCUACGCAUGCUUUUUUAUGUAGCAAUUAUGACUAUGAAUACAAACUGCAUGUGACUAA